AUGCAGGAGCCCCCUCCCCUCUGUCACAUCAAACACAUGCGAGUCCAUGUGUCUCGCGUACAAAGCGCACGCAGCACCGGGAGGGAUACGGGCUGGGGGAGGGGACCAGUGGAUCCAGUACGGACACUUGACGUUGUUGCACUGGGAGGGGGCGGUGCUUCGGGGUUUCACCCAAACCCUAUCCCUCUUUAUCCAUUCAUCCUCCAGCUCCUCCGCCACCGGCUCAACGGCUGCAUCCGGGAAGGCACCAUCACCACCUCCAUCUUCUGCUCUCCCAUUCUCCUGCGCUUCUGCGGGCACUGCAAGGACACGACCCCCACUAACCUGCGUUGGAUAAAGAUGAAGAUUGACACCAACCUGAGCAUGCCGCAGCUGCCCGAGGCGCUGUCUCACGCAGGGCUGCAGUUCACUGUAGCCACAGAAGAGGACUUUGAUGACAUCAUGGCCAUGAGCCAGGACAUCUACGGAGGCCUGGACUAUCUGCCCACCCGAUACUCCGACUGGCUGCAGGAGACCAACCGCAUCGUCAUCCUGGCUCGCAAGCACGGAAAAGUGAUUGCCCUGGAGUCUGUGUGUGUCAUCGACGGCGGGGAGACGGUGCUGGUGGAGGGGCUACGGGUGGCCCCCCAGGAGCGGGGCAAAGGGGUGGCUGGGGUUCUGCUCCGCUUCUGCUCUGAACUGGUCAAAUCCAGGUUUCCUGACGUGAAAGUGACACGCCUGACCAGGGACGACCAGCUGGGUCCCAAAGACUACCAGAAGUACCGCAUCAUCACCAAGCAGGGGAUCCUUCUGGUACGUUUCCGGGCGGAGGAGCUGAAGCAGCGCCUGUCAGAGCUGGGCUUUGGGGAAGACCUCCACUAUCCUGUGAUCAGCUCCUCUCAGCGAGCCAGCCCUCUGCGCCUGGACCACACCACCAUCCAGCGCCUGUUUCUGGGCACAGACCUGAUGCAGCCGGUCCUGCCGAACGCCACCAUCAUCCAGGACUGGCAGCCCUUCAAGCUGCUCUCCAGUAACAUGGCCAUCCUGCUCAAGAAGGACGUGGACUGGAUGGUGGACAGCCUGAGCAACCCCAGAGUGGCCAGUCUGUGCACCUUCCCCUUCAGCGUGCCCAUUGGAGAUGACUGGUACUACCUGAACAUCGACAUGUUCGGCAAAGACGUGGGGUUGGUGCGGCAACAGUUCCUGGGCCACCUGCAGCGCCACACCCGGGCCCUGAAGGGUCACGUGAUGUGCCAGAUGUUCCUGGAGCCUCAACUGUGGGAGAGCAUGGCCCAUUUCUGCCAGCACACUCUGGGCGUGGAGCUGGUGAAGGAGUACAGGGAGCAGUGUGUGGUGGAGGCCGACCUGGUGUAG